GCCAGCCAAGAUCAAAAAUUAUGUGAUAUAAUGGAACAUUUUGACCGUGGGGUGAAAAAUGUGAACCUGAAGGAACAGGACAUGAUAACUCUAUGCCAGAUGACCAAACACGUCGUCAUGAGUCAGUCAGUGUUGCUAGAAUUAGAGGGACCCCUCAAGGUUUGCGGUGAUACGCACGGCCAAUUUCGGGAUGUUCUACGACUCUUCGACCUCUGCGGCAAGCCAGACACGACAAACUUCCUUUUCCUCGGCGACUACGUGGACCGGGGAAAGCAGAGCCUAGAGGUGAUUUGUCUUCUGUUUGGAUACAAGGUCAAGUACCCCACCACGUUCUUUCUGUUACGAGGAAACCACGAGUGCCAGGCGAUCACCAGGAUUUACGGAUUCUUCGACGAGUGCAAACGAAGGUUUAACGUGAAGCUAUGGAGGCACUUCCUCGAUGUCUUCAAUUGCCUCCCUGUGGCGGCAGUUAUUGAAAACCAGAUCUUCUGCUGUCACGGCGGCAUAUCUCCGGAGUUCCUGAAGCCGGAGUUUGGAGGGCUGGAAGACCUGAAGCAGCGAAUUCGAGCAAUUCCAAGACCCACGGACGUGCCGGAAGAGGGAGUGGUCUGCGAUCUCCUGUGGGCAGAUCCGCUGAACCCUGAAAUGCUUGAUCCCGACGCCGAUGAGCUGCCGCCGAUAUUCGCCGAAACUGGAUUCGGACCGAACGAGCGCGGCGUCUCCUACGUGUUCAGCCCGGAGAUUGUGGAUCGAUUCCUCAGCAGGUUUGGCCUGGACCUUAUGGUGCGUGCCCACCAAGUCGUGGAGGACGGAUACGAGUUCUUCGCCAAUCGGUCCUUCGUGACCAUCUUCUCGGCGCCAAACUACUGCGGCGAAUUCGACAAUGCCGGAGGCAUUUUCUGCCUCAGCCGCAAUGUCACCGUGAAGCCGAACUCAAACGAGGAAGAGAUCGACUUGGAGGGCAGCUUCCAGAUCUUGUACCCGGAGAAGAGAAAGUCCACCACGGCAAUUCGACGAGGAAGCAGCAGUGCAAAGAAGUAG